AUGGGCGAGAUAAUCACCUCAGCUGCUGCGAGCCCCGCGAGGCCAGUGGAUGAGCACAAGACAGAAGACGAUACCUCUGGCUUCUACGAAGAUGUGCUCGACACCUCGUUGAUUGACCCCGUCCUGACCAGGAAGAUGGCUCUCGUGAACGGAGCAAUCGACAAGAUUGGCAUGACCCCCUUCCAAUGGAAGCUCUUCUUCCUGAAUGGCUUCGGAUACUCUGUUGAUUCACUCCUGAUCAUCUGCCAGUCGAUUGCCCAACCCAGCGUUGUGACCGAGUAUGGGAAUCCAAGCUCGAAGCUCAAGGGCAUCUCGCUCGGGUCCCAGAUUGGGCUUCUUGUCGGCGCAGCGUUUUGGGGCCUCUCGGCGGACAUUAUCGGGCGGCGCUUUGCCUUCAAUGCCUCUUUGCUCCUUGCUGCAGUCUUUGUAAUCAUCGCGGGUGGUAUGCCUGGGUAUAUCCCGUUUGCGGCUUUGGUCGCUCUGUAUUCUUGGGCCGUUGGAGGCAACUAUAUUCUCGACUCUACCAGCCUGCUCGAGUUCCUCCCCAGCGGGCACUCGUGGCUCGUCACCUUCAUGUCGAUCUGGUGGGCAGUGGGUUAUACCGUUGCCGGGCUUCUAGCAUGGGCGUUUAUGGCCAACUACAGUUGCCCAGCCACCGCAACCCCAGACACCUGCUCGCGUAGUGAGAACAUGGGCUGGCGCUAUCUCCACUUUACCUGCGGCGGCCUCGUGCUACUCCUCAGCAUCCUGCGCCUGCUUGUGGUUCGCAUGGUGCAGACCCCCAAGUGGCUCAUUGCGCAGAACCGCGACGAAGAGGUCAUCACAUUCCUGUCAAACCUCGCGGAGAAAUACGGCCGGCCCAUGACACUGACCCUCGACGACCUCCGCCGCGAGGGCAACGUACACAACACAGAGCGCUCGGCCUGGUCUUCCACUCGGGUCGCUCAACACGUUCUAGGCCUCUUCCAGACCCGCCAGCUCGCGUGGUCAUAUACGGUAAUCAUCCUUAACUGGCUCGUCAUUGGCAUGGUCAGCCCGCUGUACCACGUCUUCCUCCCCUACUACCUCGAAACGCAGGGUCGCAAGGUCGGCGCCAGCUCCACGUACACGACCUGGCGCAACUAUGCGAUCAACCAGGUGUCUGGACUCGCGGGCCCGAUUCUCGCUGCCGUGCUCGUGGAGAGCAAGUUCGUCGGGCGCCGGGGCACAAUGGCGCUGGGUGCGCUGCUGACGAUGGUUCUGCAAUUUGGGUACACGCAGAUUCGCACCUCGGCGCAGAAUGUGGGCGUUUCUGCUGCGAUUUCGGCCGCUUCCAAUAUGUACUACGGCACGAUAUAUGCGUAUACGCCGGAGAUUCUCCCGUCCGCUCAUCGGGCCACGGGGUAUGCUCUUUGCUUGGUGGUGAACCGGAUCGGUGGAAUUGCGGGCGUGCUGGUCGGGAGCUAUGCGAAUGUUGAGACGACGGCGCCUCUGUUUGUUUGUGCUGCGCUGUUUGCGUUGCUCAUUUUCCUGACUCUGCUGCUGCCGUUUGAGAGUCGGGGGAAGAGGAUCCAGUGA